CCCGCACAGCGGUGUACAGAUUAAAACACACAAGUAAAAAGAAGCUAACUUGUGAGCAGCUGUAGACAGAGGUUCUUAACGACACGUGGUUUACAGAGACAGAGUUUGUGUUUUUAUUUAUCGCUAAAAUCUUAGAUUCAGUUAAGUUUCCGUCCAGCUGUGGGACACUCCGGUUCACAAAACAAGCGUCCACCGCACCGCCGGACUCUGUACUGGUGGACGGAGCGGCUUCCCCUCAGACUGAGCGACUGCAGCCAGCGAUGGAGGCAGGAAACCGGGUGUCCUGGGUGAAGUACGGGCCUGUGGUGUCCCUGCUGGUGGUUCUACUGGCUAUCUGGUUCCGCUCACCCCAGAAUGAGGUGCUGGACGACCGGCUGGACACGGUGCUGUCCUCCCUGCUGCGGGCGGAACAGAAAGUCGGCGUGAACGACGUCGCCAGACCGAGAGUGGCUGUCGGUUUUGGAGGUUGUGUUGACCUGAUAGUAGAUGGGGUGACAUUGCUCAAUAAGAUCGGCCUUCCUCUCACAGAACAGCCCCUGCAUCAUGACUACAUAGAAAACAUAGAACAGUUGGCUGAAAGCUUUGCCUACUUCUUCGCACCUGGAGCAGCUGCAGAGCGUUUUAUGCUCAACGACACUCUCUUUAAUGAGCUGGUCGAGGCGUCCCGUGACAUACCUGGGAACAGAUGGGCUGUUGGCGGCAAUGCUCCAGUAAUGGCUGGUCGCAUGGCAACUGAGGGAUGUGAUGUAUUGCUAGGGGGAAGCUUUAGCCCGGAAUUUACAGAGGUCCUGUCCCAGCACAUCACAGUGGCAGGCAACAUUGUUGAGGAGCCGGACAUUCACCUGAUCCUCGAGUAUCCAUCUGGAGCAAGAUGGGGGCACUACACCUCCCGAAGAGCCAACAGAUAUAUCGUCCACAGUGAUGACCACAACCCCUACCUGGCCUCCAUGGAGGAGUUUGCUGAGAAACUUGAAGACUUCCAACCAGAUCUGGUGGUGGUGGGUGGGCUGCAAAUGAUGGAUAGCUUCCCCUUCCAGUCAGGUGAGCGUGAAGCUCUCCUCUCCCGUCUGGCCGACCUGCUGUCCUCCUCGUCUCCUCAGAUUGGCGUCCAUUUUGAGAUGGCCAGUUUUGUUGAAGAGAGUAUAAUGGAAGACCUGCUUCACUAUGUCAUUCCUCAUGCGGACUCAUUGGGGAUGAAUGAGCAGGAGCUUCCCAACCUGCUCAGCCUGCUGAAAGGCUCCAACAUCACUGUGUUGUCAGACCCAAACCCUCGUGUGGCUACUGUCCUCGACCAGAUGAGGGAAGUCUAUCGCAUUCUGAACCAGCGCUACAAGGAUGCAAAUGAUGCUGUUGCAGAAAGUGACACAGACGGUGCUAAAGCCAGCAGUAAGUCUCUGACCCGGCUCCAUGUCCACACGCUCGCCUUUCAGGCCAUGAUCGUGACCCGUGGCUCUCAGUGGAAGAACACCAUGUCAGCCACGGCCAAGGCGUCUCUCACCGCUAACCGCCAUGUCUGUGGCUCCAAUGACAUUGAUCCCAGCAAGGCGAGGCUCAUCAUGGAUGACUCGUUCUCUGUCAGCCGACGAGAAGGUAGCCAGCGUAUCCCUCUGCAGGAGACCAGGCCUGUCAGCUGCUGGGAUGAGGAUGAUUAUGAGAUCUGCGUGGCGCCCGUGCUGGUGUGCACUGAGGUUUACCAAACUGCAGGUGGAGGGGACAACAUCUCUGCUGCUGGCCUUGUGCUGCAGAUCUAAACAAGGACACUAAAUUGUCUAUCUGUGUGAAGAGUGCUGAUAUUUGUUGGCAACAAAGUGACUCUGGAAACUUGAUCUAGGUGUGAUGCAAAAUAGUCGUUGUGGAAAACACAGGUACUGAUUGUGGACGGUACCAGGCUAAUGCUAUCACACUUGCAGCUCAUGUCCCAGAUGGACCAUUAGGGAAACAGAAUAUCACUCUGAGGAGUUAAAUGAUGGGGUACAGUUGUUAUUAAUCAGGUUAAACCACCAUGUUUUAAAUGAAUGGGCUCAGUGUUGAUUUGUUUUGUAGGAGCUACAGAAAAAAUGUACCAAAAAAAAUUACAGUCAGUGUGAACAUGUUUGGUGUGUAAACUUUGGAUCCUGAAUGUUACAUACCAUAUAGUAUGUAUUUCUAGUGCAAAGCCCUCAGGUUUCCAGUUUAUUUAAUUUUAGAAUGAGCAGACACUGCCCUGUUUUGUCACAUACCCAUCAUCUUUUCCAAGUCAUUGUAACCCAUCAUCUGACUCUAGUGAUUUUAAUAAGCCUCUUCUAUUUCUCUGAGGCCUUACGAGACUCUGCCUUCGGCCAGGAUAACAGAAAGAGGGAUGAGGUUUGGAAAAAGUCAUUUGGUUGUUUUUAUAGAGCCUUACAGAGUAGCCUGAGGCAUGGUAUGUUUUGAAUUGCGUGUCAAGACAUUGAAUGCAUCAAUUCUGCUGUGUUUACAGAGCAGAAGACUGCAGGGCUGCUAAACUUCUGUUCUAAGAUAAACUCUUUGUCCUUUCAAACACGUCACUCUACUAUGCAGUAGACUUAUCCAAUAGCUGAAUCUUUGGUUUCUUGGCCGCAGUGUUUUCACGUACUUAAAGUGGACAGGUCCAACCAUUUAACAAACCUUUGACCUCACCUGCCCUGCAGCAAAUGCAGUUAAAGAAAAGCUUGUCUAAAGCUGAGAGGUUAACAACAUCUGAACCGUUAUUACAACAAGAUUCUGUCCUGCCUCUUCCCUUUCCUGUCUUUAAAAGUAGAAAGCUGGUGAGGUGAUCACCUCCUUUCCUUCCCAGUAUAUCAUUAAUGUGAAAAAUGUGCAAACUGCUAUGGGUGAGUUUGAUUUUCAUUCCUCUGUGUCAGUGGCAGUGCAAUAAUGCAAAAACUAAGUUAAGAGACCACUUUUUGUAGCUGGAUAUGAUGUCACAAAUUUCUUCUCUACCUCCAUGCUGUUUCUUCCUUUUCGUGUCGUCUCCCAUGUUUCUUUGACAUUUUUCUAUCAUCUGUAACAUUUCUUCCCAUCUUGUGUUUGUUAAUGUUUUUCGUACCAAAUAACAAGUGUGUACUGCCCCAGUCAACGCUGCUGUAAAGCUGAAGUUAUUGGCAGCCAGUUUUCACAUUUGUACAUGAUAAGGCUUGAUAUAUCUCAUCACUAGUUUGAGAUUUUCCACAUGACCAACAUCAUCAUCACACUCCCUUUUAUUUUUUUUCAGAAUCUGAAUCACUUUUCUUUUAACUAUAUUUACACGAGCCACCUGAUUUGAACGGGAAUGAUGCAAAUUGUUAUUUUUCUUACUUCGAACAUUCCACCACAGACCAAGCUUCAGUUUCUUUCUCCAUUCAGACUCAAUUUUGUUUCACAACUAUACUUCAACAAGUAGUGUUGGUUAGUUUUGUUUUUUGUGAUUUAUUUUCUGUUUCCUGAAACGUGUUUGUUAAACCCCCUUUCAGUGAGGAACGCAUUUAUUCCUGUUACAAUGCAACGUGUGUGAGGUCAAGAGAAAAGUCUAAGAGUAAAGGAAUAUCCUUUUGAAUGUUUCUGUUUUUUAAGACUGAAGACAAAUGAGCCACUUUCCGUCUUGGUGUUGAGUGAAAAGGGAACGUUUAAUACAGACCUUUUCUAUUACAGUAGGGCCGUGUUCUAUUUUCUCAUGUCUGGUUGGAAGCUGAGAGUAAUGGGUUGUGUUUUUACUGUGAAAUGGGCACAACAUCUAAAGAGAUUCCUCCAUUUAUAUUUGGAUGAAACCUCAGCAUGAAUUCAUGCUUCUAUAGAGACCUGUUUGUGUUUGCUACUAUAUCAUACUCACUUAAAUCUCUCCAAGAACUCAUGUCACCCAUGUUCCAAAGCUGUGUUUAAUGUGUCAUGCAUGUUUAUGAUUCAAUGCAAAAUCAACAGAGAUAAAAUGCACUGCUGAUAAAGCAA